AUGGAAAACAAUGUCACAACUGUCCAAACUUAUAAGAAAAUGCCCCUGGUUGAGGUGCCGGAAGCCCCGCAUUAUAUCACCCGUUUUCUGCCCCCUACCUCGAAUUCCCUCCUCCUUUCACAUCCGAGUGAGCCAGGGAAAUUGUCAUCUCCCGAGCUGUUGUUGCCUCUUCUCGGCUCUCCUUUCAAUGAGCUUCGUUGUCCAAGCGGAUCCUCAAGUCAACCACGACUGAUAGAAGCUCCACAAGACGACGCGCAAAAGCUCGCAUCGAAAUUUGAUCGGAUGGAGCAGUUGCUUAAGGACUCUGGCUUUGACUCUCUCGGCGAAUUUCUGAAGAUCUUGUUCUACAACCCAAGCCGCGUCUCUGGACAGCCUGAUCCAAGAGGUGUAUGCCACGCCAAGUCUGUUGCUCGGUUUCUACAAGGGCGGAACAAGGUCAAAAUUUCAGACAUCAUAACUCUUGUCUAUAAGCACAAGCACAGCGCGCCUUCGCCGAGCUCACCACAUGCUUCAGAACAUCAUGCUCCGUUCUCACCAUCAGUCUCUCCUGCCGACUUCUUUUAUGCGCGUCCUUCUUUGUUCACGUGGGCGACGAAUCUCGUUGCUAAUCAUGUUGAUCGUGAGAUCUACGAACUUGCGGCUAAGGAUGACGAUGUCCAUCUCCGAGCUUCGACGAAUGGACGGCGUCCAACGGAUAGCAUCAGUCUCGUCACCUGGGAAGCUUUAGGAAGGUUUAGUAUUGCAGCCCUUGUGGAGAAAUACAAAAGUCAUGCACCUGUUGCUUGGCAUCUCACGGAAUGUAUGGCUGCCUCUCGCAAGAAUGGUGUUGUGGUGGUAAAGAAGCAACAACCACAUCUGAUUAUUCAAGUGGGCACUAUCAGCUCCUUUUUACUUGCACGCAACCACUUUGCUACCGGAGACCUUGCGAUGGCCUUGGGCAUAUGGCACUUUGCAAUCAAAUCCCACAUCGAUGUCAAACGCGUAUACAGUCGGUUCGGAAAUAUCGUAAGCGACUCGACAGUCCAUAAAGCUCUCGACACCAUGACUGGUUCCAGCCUUUCUAUUUUACGGGAGGCUGUCAAUGACACGACUAAGUGGGGAGAAACGGAAUGGUGCCUAAUCCUCGAUAGUGAUUGUCACGGGUUUAGCAACCCAUGCGGGUUACGGGUAAGGGUACACUUGGGUAAGGGUAUGGGUUUGAUAUUCCCAACCCUCACCAAACCCGUACCCAUGGCAGGGGUUAGCGGGUACCCGUAG